AUGGCUUUCACUUAUGAGAUCGCUAAACAGCCGGCGAAGCCGGAAGCAGCUCCUUCUGGCGGGGCCAAGGAUCCCACCAGCUCUGUUGCCGACUCCACUCCGGCUACCUCGUCCACUCCGGCUGCUCCCUCCUCGUCGAACGACGGUUUCUCGUCGGGCGGCUCUUCUUCUGGCAACUUCGCGCCGUCGGGUAACCCGCUCUUCCCCGGUACCGUUACCUCGACCCCAGGCAGCGACCCGAAACCCACUCCCAAGACCCCGUCCACGCCCUCGCAGCAAUCCGGCGAAGCGGUUGCCGCUACAGCCGUGCCGACGCAAGCUGCCUCGCCGUCGACUCCACCCCCUCCCCCUCCGCCGCCUCCUUCCACAGGCCCGUGCCCGCCGCUGCCCUCGAUGUGCGACUUCUACUUCCAAGGCAGCACGUCCACGCUCCCCGUGUUCAACAUCUCCGACGGCACCGGCGACACGCGCCUCGGCGGGCCCAUCGAGGCGUCUAUUCGCGGCGCGACUGUGGAGGUGAUUGCGGCGAACAGCGAGCUCGCGGACUACAUCUGCCAGGACGGCGUUAACGUCUGGAGCGCUCCGUCCACCAGCUCCGGUAACUCGACGACGCUGGGACCCGAUAACCAGUUCUACGCCGUGCAGGACGGCGUCCAGUCGCGUACGUUCCAGCCUGCGGCGGGCGGCGCGGCUACGUACCAGGGCAAGUACGUGCGAGUGAACCUGACGGCGAUCGAGAUCAGCGUGUACAACAUGGUGUCGAACGUCAACAAGGGGCAGAACUACUCCUACUUCCCCGAGGAGCGCCGCUGCGUCGUCUUCCAAGCUCCUGUGGUAUUGUUUGUGGUGGCAUCAGAUGCAUUCAACUGCACGUUGAAGGAAUCCUCCUGCAGCCUCUUCCUUUCACCACCCAAUCUUCCUCCCACCACCCGCAGCAGCAAUUUCACCGCCAUUGUCAUCGCAUCCAUCACCCUCAAGACCACCAGUGACCGCACUGCCUGCUCAUCUACACCCGCCCCUUCGUUUGGACUAGGGCAAACGGCUUGUUUGCUGGAAGGCGUACCUUCCGCUGCAUUGUUGUCAGGUGUACUGUGUUCCUUCCUAUCCCUGUUGCUCCGCGCUGACUCUGCUCCGACGAUUUUCGCCGCGAUGCAGCUAACGGUGACGACAGCAGACGAUCGGAUCGUCAUGAUCCAAGUCGACAACGACGAGCUGGUUGAGAACGUGAAGGCGAUUCUAGAAGUCGAGACGGGCAUUCCCUUGCCGCAGCAAGCGCUGCUGUUCAACGGGCAGCUGCUGCAGAACCACCAGCGACUGAACGCACUGGGUGUAGCGGACAACGACCUGCUCUUCCUCACACGGCAGCAGCCAUCACAGCAGCGCGCAUCCCGGGGAGCAGCAUCACAACCCCAAGCACAAGCACCAGCGGCGGCAGCGGCAGCACCAGCAGCGAUGGCGCAGCAGGAGGAUGGAUCAGCAGUGGACCCACAGGCGUUCCGACAGCACGUGCUCAGCGACCCUGACCUCAUGGCCCGCCUGCUCAUGAGCACACCGGAGUUGGGGGAGGCGAUAAGGGACAACAAGGUGGAGGAGAUGCAGAAGGUGCUGCGCUGGAUGCGGAAGAUGCAGAAUGAGAUGCGCCGCAAGGAGCAGGAGGAGCAGGAGUUGCUAUCAGCCGAUCCAUUUGACCCUGAGGUGCAACGGAGGAUAGAGGAGCGCAUUCAGCAGAAGAACAUAGACGAGAACUAUGCAGCGGCGUAUGAGCACGCCCCCGAGCAGUUCAUUGCUGUCCACAUGCUGUAUGUGGAGAUGGAGGUCAACAACUCGCCCAUCAAGGCAUUUGUGGACAGUGGCGCACAGCAGACCAUCAUGUCCCAGCGAUGCGCUGAGCGAUGCGGGCUGAUGCGGCUGCUGGACCGGCGGUACGAGGGGGUGGCGCGGGGCGUGGGCACGUCCAAGAUAGUGGGCCGCAUCCAUACCGUGCAGCUCAAGAUCGGAACCAACUUCUACAUGUGCAGCAUCACAGUGUUGGAGGCAGACAACGUGGACUUCCUCUUUGGUCUCGACAUGCUCCGACGCCACCAGUGUUGCAUUGACCUCAAGGACAAUGUCUUGCGAGUUGGAGGGGGUGAAAUAGCUGUGCCCUUCCUCUCAGAGAAGGACAUCCCGGCCUUCCUCACAGCCAUGGACCAGGACCCUCUGCCCGACUCCACCACCCCCGCACAGCCCUCCCAACCCUCCGCCUCCGCUGCUGGUACCUCUGCACCCGCCGCACCCUCUGCAGCGCAACCAGCAACAGCAACAGGUGGUGCUGCGAGUAGUGGGGGAGGGGCGCAAGCAAGCCAAGGCGCUGCUCCUGUGUCAGCAGCAGCAGGGGCUGCAUCACCAGCAGCAUCUGGUGGUCAGGCAACCCCAGCAGCAGCGCCCGCAGUGUCAGCGCACGAGGUGAAGGUGCAGCGGCUGAUGGAGCUGGGGUUCCCCCGGCAGCUCGUGGAGCAGGCUCUUGCACUCACAGGGGACAACGAGGAGCACGCUGCUGGGAUACUCUUUGCCGGCUGA